AUGAUAAUUGAAUUGGGGUUGAGAAGCACUAGUAUAGAUUCGCUUCGGCAGGAUAUCCUUGACGAGGGUGUUUGCAAUGAGUUAGAUGACCUUCUUAGGUGUGACGAGGGUGUUGGCAAUGAGUUAGAUGCUCUCCUUCGGUGUGACGAGGGUGUUGCCAUUCUCGAUGACGUCAAGGUUGAUUUAAAAGAACUCUCUGAAAUAUUAGUUUUCAUCAAAGAGGCGGAGGUAGUUAACACCUUGCAUGGGGUAAAGAAUAACAUAGAAAAGGACAAGCAUAGUAGAAUCGUCCAAUGGAUCAUCAGGAUUUGCAAGGGUUUUCUUCCAGCCACGUUCUUCUCUUGUAUCUCUCUAUUUGAUCGUACCUUGGUGAAAGGCUCUAUUACGAGCAGCAAGCUUAGGCUUGUUGCUGUGACAUCUUUGUUGAUUUUUGGAAAAUUUGAGGAGCCCAAGAAGCUUUAUGUUGGGCAUCUGCUGCAAUUGACAAAUGCCGAAUAUACAAGGAAAGAUGUGCUCAAAAUGGAGGAACAAAUCCUCAAGGAGGUCAGUUGGAGGCUGUACUCUCCUACGGUCCAUACUUUCUUGAGGUACAAUUAUAUAUUUUCUGACAAACUGACUCUUGAAUUUGGAAGACAACUUUCAUCUCAGGGUUGACCCUUGCUAGAGAAGUAAUUAGUGUUGUAA